AGAGCAUUGGCGGUGGUUGUACGUAGACGCUACUAGCGUCAUGUGUCUUAGUAAUGUUAGUGAAUAUGAAUGAUGACUUCGGAGAUGCUAUGUUGAAUUCAGACCAGCUGAUGUCAGUUGGUCUUGGUGGUCUUCGUAACAUAGGGAACACAUGCUACAUGAAUGCUGCUUUGCAAGCCUUAUCAAAUUGCCCUCAUUUGACGGAGUUCUUUUUGGAGUGUCAUGAUAUUCUUGACCCUAAUCGGAAGCUUGUUCUUCUGUCUCACUAUUAUACUUUGCUUUCUGAAUUUUGGGGGAAUGAAAGACAACGUUGCUUCAACGCAAAUACAAUUUUGGAUGCUUUUUGCACUACUCACCCAAUGUUCAGAGGUUAUUCACAACAUGAUGCUCAAGAGUUUCUGAGACUUUUCUUGGUUCAGCUACAUGAAGAGCUUAAACAUUCUAAAAUUUCAAUUUCAGAAAAGCGAGCUUCAUCAGGUACAAAACAAACGACAUCUAAUCCAUCAGACAACAGCAGCAGCAUAAUCACCGAUGUCUUUCAAGGUAGACUAGUUAGUACUGUGCGUUGUCUUUCUUGCAAUCGGCUUUCCAAUCGAGAAGAAACAUUUAUGGACUUAUCUCUCUCCCUUGCUAGACCGACUGCACAAACUUGUAAUUUAUCCUCACCAGUUGAAGAAUCUACAAAAUCCUCUUUUAUGAAUGGCUCUGUAAUAAAAAAUGGGCCUGUUUAUGUUAAAACAUCCGAUGGUGAUUCACAGCGUAUACAAUCUUGUUGUUCACCAAGUCCGAAAUCUACUCCAACUCAUAGUUUGAGGACAAAAUUUUCCUUAUUAUCUUCAUUUCCGGUGAUAGAUCGUUUAGUAAAUGCAAUCCCUUGGCUUUUAACUCUGCUUUUAACGCUUACUCAUAUAAUGUUUUCAUAUGUACAGAGUUUUAUGCCUUCACCCAAACGAUGGAUAGACAAAUGGUCUACGCUAACGUUGGAUGAUUGUUUAUCCCAUUACUUUUCUGAAGCAGAAUUGGUCGGAGAGAAUAGAUAUUUCUGUGGAAGGUGUAAUCAGCGAUGUAAUGGCUUGAAACAGUUUAGACUUAUAGCCUUACCAGAGAUACUUACUCUUCAUUUGAAAAGGUUUAGCAAUAAUCAUAUGUACUCUUCAAAAUUAUCCACUCCAGUAAAUUUCCCAUUGAAGAGUUUAGAGCUAUCACCGUUUCUUCAUCGUGAUUGUAAAGAUAAGAUUACAACUUAUGAUUUAAUCGGUGUGAUAUGUCAUUUUGGUGGUUGUGGUGGUGGCCAUUAUACAACAUGUGCAUAUAAUUCAUCUACCGAAAGUUGGUAUGAAUUCAACGAUGAACAUGUUCGAAAAUUAGAUGUUGAACAAGUGGAAACAUUGAAAAGUUCAGCUUAUAUUUUAUUUUAUCGCAAACGUGAUACCCACUUGGAACCACUUCGGCAAUCGUGGCAACUUACUCCAGCUGGUAAAAUGUGCUAUGUAAGUAAACCUUGGAUUAUUCGAUUUUGGACAUGGGCUGAACCAGGUCCUAUGACUUCAGAAUUCCUAUGUGAACAUGGUUAUUUUCGACCAGAGCUAUGGGAAUUACGCAAUGCAUUGACUUUAUCUAUCCCAGAAAAUAUUUGGUCUAAUCUUCAUAAUAUGUUUGGAGGUCAUGAAAUUAUUCGAGAAUUGAUUCCUUGUACUGACUGUUGUGAUGCUAUAACCAAAAGGCAGAAAUAUGAACUUUCAGAAGUGAUGAGGGUUUGCUCAUCUACAUCCCCGUCAACCACGUCUUAUGCUAUUAGUAAAAAAUGGUUGGAUGUAUGGCUACAGUUUGUCAAAGGGAAGGCUUGGGAUCCUCCAGGUCCUAUUGAUAACUCAGAUAUCUUAUCAUGUAAUUCAUCAAUUUAUCGUUGUCGUAAUCAUUCUUCAUCAUUUUCGUCUACUCCACUUGGUAAUUAUGAAUGUUUAUCAGCAGAAGUUUGGAAUCUGUUAUUUAGCAUAUACGGUGGAGGUCCAACUGUAUCUGUAUGCGGAACUCCCUAUCUAUCAGUUAAUACUAUUGAUGAAAGUUUAGUGGAUUCCUCUGGUCAAAGUUCUUCAGAACAAUUAUCACAGCAAACUUCAUCGAAGAAUUCUUCUCCUGAGCCUCAGUUGCCUAUUCAGAAAAGUGAGAAAGAAUUCCCCAUACAGACGAAUAAUGGUGUUGUUAUCAAUGAAAAUGUCUCUAAUGGUUUAGAUUGGUCAGAGAACACAUCAAACUUAAAUCAAUGGCAAUUCGUAGAUAACGCCGAUUGGACAACAAAUCCAUCAAUUAAUCAUCAUCAUCCAGUCUUAACCAAUGGUAAUGCUGAUUGUCAUCAUCUUGAAAUCUCUGAUCGUGGAGAUGGUAGCAGUGAACCGCCGAUUGAACAUCAACAUUCUAUGCAUAAAAGCAAUUCUCUUGAAGUUGAACAAGUCAAUGGAAUUUAUCCUGUCAAUACACCAGAAAUAUUAACUAACUAUCAAAUAAUUCCUAACGGCGGGAACUCUGUGCCUACCACUACUACUACUACUACUAGUACUACUAUUACUACUGAUAAAGCGGAACAAUACAAAAUUAUCACCUCUUCUGGAGAUUUUGGUGAUUAUGAUCCAACACAAUUAUUGAUUCAUAAGAAUAUAUCUAAAAAGUCAAAUAUAGUCAUCAAAUCGAUUAAAGCUGGGUCGAAUAAACGUCGUCGGUUAACUCCUACAAAAGCAUAACUAAUAUAUACACCCACAUAUAUACAUACCUAAUUUCUAUUGAAAUUUAUUUUAUUGUCAUUGUUGUUGUUGUUGUGGAUAACGCUACUGUGAUUUUACUUUUUUGUUGCUUUUGACUUUCCUUGGGUGAAAAGGGAAAAGUCGAUUGCACUGCUCUCUCUGACAUCUUUUUACAAUGCAGUGUAGAGUAUUUCCCCCCUACCCCCCAAUGAGUAACUUCUUUGUGUGAACAUGUAACUUUUAAUGUGUAUUUACCUUUCUUGUAUUUAUUUAUUUAUUUAUAUGUUUAUUUCUACUGACAUUGUACUUUCAAAUGACUCAACACAGUCAGUCAGUCAGCUGUUGUUGAAACUUGACGCGUUUUUAUUUAUUUAGUAAAAGAAACAUUUUGUAUAGGUUACUACUUCAUUACAACAGGUAUCAUCCUCAGCUAACUGGAUGCUGCUACUUACCACUAAUAAUAAUAAUAAUACCUGGAUCUGAUGAUCAUAAAUCCCUUCAUUUCAUGUAUCAUUUUUACUCCCUCCACCCGGCCUCUCCUGCACAUUGUUCAUCCCACUUCCCCCACCCCUCGCAAAAGAAUGCGAGUAAUCCUCCUCUUUGUUUUCUCUCUCCUUCAUUUUAUGAGAAACAUUUAGUGUUCAAGUGACGUAUUCCUAUUCUCAUUAUUGGUUUUAUUCCAGGGUGUUGCUUUCUUUGUAGACGAAAUGCGGUUAUCGUUACUGAGACUACUAAGAUAUAAAUAAUACCACUACUCUUACUACUACUACUGAAAAUCAAAAUAAGUAGUAAGUGUUUUUAUUUCAUUUUUUUAAGGUUAUCAUUGUUAUCUCCUGACGAAAAUGGCAAAUGCACUUUCAUCAUACGGAGACAAGAUGUUUUACAUUGUUACGUAUGUGUGUGUGCGUGUAUAAAUUUAAAGUAUAUUCAUGUUGUAUAUGUAUUUAAAGUUAAGUUAAUAUUCUAUUAUUAAUAUUCAUUGCUAUUAUUAUAUAAUACUUAUGUCAAAUUAUUUCAUAAUCUCUAAAUAAUAUCAUCUAUUGUAUUCAUUUCACACACCCUCUUGCUUCAUUUUUUUUGGUCUUUUCAACUGUAAGGAACAGGUGAAUUGACACAUUGUACAAUUACUUGUUUUCUAGUGUAUCCAAUGUGAGAAGAACUCCACUGUCUUGUGUUAUGUGUAUAAUCCUUGUUUUAUUGUCUGUUUGCCUGAUUGUUAGUUUUUGCUUAAUGAUCCUCUCUUAUGUAAUUCAUCUGUUUGAUAAUGAACUCUUUUUCGUUUAUACUGACUUCCCUGUCUUGUUUGUUUGUUUGUUUAUUAUUUUCCCCUCAAAAUUUACAAAAUAAUAAAUAUGACUACUCUUCAGGAUUUACUUAAGUAAUAUAUAUAUAUAUAUAUACAUAAUAUAUAUAAUAUUAAUUUUAUUAACCAACUCACUAACUAACUUACUGGUGUGACUUCUUUGUAUAUGUAGAAAGAAGUGUAAACCGCUAACAGAUAGAAGGUAUGCUGUCUGAUAUGUGUUCAGUGUGUAUCCUUGUGUGUGUGUGUGUGUGUGUGAGAGAGAGAGAGAGAGUAUUUCUGCAGCCUUCUUGUCGGUUUUGUUUAAGGCAAACAAAACACAACUAGGCAUUAAAUGUAUUCUAAUUGUCUUAGAAUUUUAACUUGAAAAGAAGAGUGAAACAGUUCUUGUCUUGCAUUGUUAUAUUCUUCCUGUAAUAACCAAAUACAAGAAAUCGG